AUGCCAAAUGAUAAUUGGGCAUCUACAACUAUGUCCGAAAGAAUUACCACGCAAAUACUGGAUUCUCAAAGCAUUCUAAAGCUAACGAAUUUCAUGGACAAGCAGUACUAUGGUGAGAUUUCAACCGGUACACCACCACAGAAAUCCACUGUGGUUUUUGAUACAGGAAGCUCUAAUCUGUGGAUACCUUCCUCAAGAAGGUGCUACUUAUCUUGUCCGUCUCAUUUUCAUUCCAAAUACUAUGCCCGUCGAUCAACAACAUAUAAAAUGAAUGAAACAUCUGCUGAGAUACACUAUGGUUCAGGUUCAAUAUCUGGCCACAUUAGCCAAGACAAUGUUUUAGUUGGUGGUUUAACAAUUAAGAAUCAGGACUUCAUUGAAACAACAAUACUGUCCGGUUUUGUGUUUGUGUUUGCCAAGUUUGAUGGCGUUCUUGGCCUUGGAUUUCAGGAGAUAUCAGCUGAAGAUGUUGUUCCAGUAUGGUACAACAUGAUGAACCAGAGUCUGAUUCAAAAUCAAGUGUUCUCAUUUUGGCUUAAUAGAAAUACAAAAGAAGAGGAAGGAGGUGAACUUGUGUUUGGUGGGCUUGAUUCAAGACAUUACAAGGGGAAACAUACUUAUGUCCCUGUGACCCACAAGGGCUAUUGGCAGUUUGAUAUGGAUGAUGUGUUCGUCAAGGGUGAACCAAUAAGUUUUUCUGGUUGUUCUGCAAUUGUGGAUUCUAGAACUUCUUUGUUGUCAGGUCCACUAGUUUUUACCCUCUUGCCUAAGGAGCCUAAGGAGUAUAUAUUGAAGACUGGAGAAGGUGACGUGGCUCAUUGCAUAAGUGACUUUAUUUCCAUGGAUGUUCCUCCUCUUCGCGGACCUCUCGGUUUGACAUAA